UCGAUCACACCGUUUAUCAAUUAUAAAUGUUUUUACAUUAGGAAUAACUAUACAUGAUUAACUAUCAGCAAUUAGCAUACUGCCUAAAUGCUAAGGUGGUAAAUGUUAAUUUUAACAGUUUUUUGUUGGGUUAAGUUUAUUUUAGACAUUUGAGAGGCGUGGUGUGUUUGCAUUGCAUUUUAUAAAUAACGUUUUAUUUUAUCAAUAAUGAAUCAAAAUAUGGAAUCCCAUGAUUAUGAAGAAGUUAAAACCCACGAUCCUGAUGAAAGUGUUAUAGAAAUAGUGAAAUAUCGAUGGCCUCCAUUUUUAAGACAAAUGUUUGUAGUAAGUGGAGUGUCUUCCAUAUACUUCGUUCUUGGGUUAGGAUUCGGUGUUCCAACAGUGAUGAUACCCCAUAUACGAAAAGAAGCAAAUUCAACGUAUGUCAUGGAUGAAGAUAUGGCUUCUUGGUUAUCAUCAGUUCAUGGAUACAGCUCUCUACCAUGGGUAUUCAUCAUUGCCAUAUGCACGAGAUACUUUGGAAGAAAACUGCCGUUUCUAAUAAUUUGCUUAAAUACUUUAAUAUGUUUCAUAGUAUUCUAUUAUAGUGUGAACACGACCCAACUUUUAAUAAGUGCAAUAAUGCUUGGCAUGCUGCUCGCAAGUAACAUGACUCUGUUUGUUUUGAUUAUAACGGAAUAUUCAUCACCGAGGUAUCGUGCAGUAUUUAUGAUAUUAAAGGCAACUUUUUUCUACUGGGGUGUUUGGGUAGCUAACAUCCUCGGGGUUUUCUCACAUUGGAAACAUAUAGGGGUCCUCGCAUUAGUUUGUUCUUUGUAUUCUCUAACAGCACUUUUUUGGCCAGAAUCGCCGUAUUGGUUGGCAAUGAAAGGACGUUUUGAGGAGUGCGCCGUCUCGCAUCGCUGGUUAAGAGGCUCCGAUAAUGAUACCGAAUAUGAGUUGAAAACACUUAUCAAUUCACAAAAAGCUUACCUUGAAACGUGUGCGGAACGUAAAUGCGAUGUAUCUCGGAAUCAAUUAAAAUAUAUUAUGGAGAUGUGUUUGACGAAGGCGUAUUACAUGCCAGUGUUUAUUUCUAUAUCUGUAAUGUCCAUGUAUCAUUUCUCUGGUAAAUUGGUUUGUAGUAUGUAUGCCAUUGACUUGAUGAACCAAUUUACUGGUAGUGAACAAACCGCUGUUAUUGGUAUGCUUAUAAUGGACUCCGUCACUCUCAUUGGAAUGCAACUCGGUUGUGUUCUAUCCAAGUACCUCAAGAGGCGUACUCUCUUCUUCUCUACCGCGAUUACAGGUAUUGCAUUCUUAUUUGUUAUAUCUAUUUACUUAUACCUGAUUAAAUACGCGAUUAUAAUUGAGAAUAAAAAUAUUUCUAUAUUAUUGCUGACUCUCUUUUCAGUAUCUAUUAGUACUGGACCGAUGAUAAUGCCUUCAACAAUUUUUGGCGAAUUAUUGUGUUCGAGAUACCAAACUUCGUCAUUACUUAUUCUUACUCUGUAUUCUGAGUUUUUGAUGGCGUCUAUUUUAAAAAUAUCCCCUUACAUGUUUAAGUCGUUUACUUUGCCCGGUGCUUUUCUAUUUUAUGGCACAUCUUCAUCAAUUUUUUGUUUUAUAAUUUAUAAAUACUUACCCGAGACUAAGGAUAAGACGUUACAUGAAAUCCAAAGUUUUUUUAAAGAACCUGUGAAGCCAAAGGCGUAGUAUUGCACUUGGUUAAUAAUAAUCAAUGUCAAGAUAAAUAAAAUAAUGCUAAAACGAUUAGUGAAUUAAAAUCGCAUAUUACUAAUAACAGUUGAAAAUGCAAGAUACCUAUCUGUCAUACGUAAAAACAAUUAAAUAUUUAAAACAUAAUAUACAAUACGUGAAAAAAUUAUGCAAUUAUAUGUGUUGCAAUAAAGUCCACACACUAUUUAAUCAGUUUGUAGAACAGCUCUGAAUAUGAAUAUUUUAUUAUAUUUAAACAAACAUCGAACACUAUUAAACAAUUAAAAGUAAAUAACUUUCAAAAUUCACAGCUGUUUUGUAUUUGAAUAAAAAGUGAAACAAAAUGAUAAUAUUAAAUUAAUGUACAAUUGUAUUAUGUAUCAUUUAGUCCAAUUUUAGCACAAAAUUAGUCUAAACCGAAAUAAUGCUAAUGGCAUAGGACUUUUGCGAGUAGCAGGCCGUUAUAAUAUAAAUCAAGGUUCCAAAAAUCCUCACAAAUGCCACGUAAGUAAGAAGGUUUGCAGCCUUAUUCAUGAAGGUACUUAUAUUGUAAGAUUUCUCACUGAUUUUGAUUGAAAAAUAUUAA